UCCCUUAGGCGUGUCUCUGUGUGUAUGUGUGCGCGUGUUUGUUGUGCGGUGGAGGUGUGGUUGAUUGGCAUGAUUAAAUUUCCAAUUAGAGUAGCACAAGGGGGCAACUUCUAAAGAUUGAACUGUUGAUUUAUUUCUAUGCUGAUUGUUGUGCUCCUAUCAGUUCGAAUUUGGUGGGCAGCUGAAAAAGUUAGAAGCGCUUCUGUUGUGCUUUUUGGUAGCAAGGUCUUUUCGAAGCUCGGAAACCAGUUAAAAAGACACGAACUUGAGACCUUGUAUGCCUUCCCCUGUGCAUGUCUGUUUAUUCCCACCUCCGGUUUAUUAAGUCCGACGAAGGAAUAAUUAUAGAGGACUAUGAUAAGGUUAUUAACUUUCUGGAGCAUGAGCCAACAUAAGGAAUAAAAUGGUUGUGCGAAUAAUUAUUAUAGGAGGUCUUUUCUUGAGAUUUUGGGUAAACUAUUUUAGUUAAGAAUUUAUUUGCUUAUUUUAAUUUGGUUCUUCCUUUUGUGGUUUGGAAUCUGGAUUUUGCUUGUACUUUAAGCAAGCAACAAUAGUGGGUGUAAACAGAAAGUUUUGGUUUCCUCAUUCUUUUGCAUCAUGCUUUGCUUGGUGGUGUAAAGAGUUUGUUUGAGUAGUGCGCAUACACCCUACGCAAUUGUAUUGUUUGGCUAUUGCACUGCUGUGCACUUGGAAAAAAAGAAGAGCGAUAUUAUAAAAAACGUGUGUUUUAUAGAUGCUGUUUAGUUAGACCGAUGGAAGCUUGUGUUGAAAGACAAUGGCGUUUAUGUUCUUUCUUGGGGUGUUUUAGGAAACAUUUUCAAGCACUCAUUGGGUUGAUUAUGGGAAGGAUGAAGGAUAAAUGCAGAGAUAUUUUUAGUGUAAGAGGAGGUUGUCUUGGAUGUUGUACGAAACCACCACUUGUAAUUUCGGUGGAUGAGCCGUCCAAGGGGCUGAAAAUUCAAGGCCAACGUGUGAAAAACCGUAGUUUCACGGAGGACUUUUGGAGCACCAGUUCAGGUGAUAUCGGUAACAGUGCCUUUCCAUCCCACAGAAGUAUGUCAUCAAUCAGCACUUCAAACCAAACCCUUGAUACUCAUAGCAGUACCGGUGGCCCGAGCAACUCUGCCGAAUUCGUAAAUCAUGGGCUUCUUCUUUGGAAUCAAACAAGGCAGCAGUGGGUUGGAAAUAAAGGAUCUGAAAAGCAUAUACAAUCACAUGAACCCAAAUUGAGUUGGAAUGCAACUUAUGAGAGCUUGCUUGGAACCAACAAACCUUUCCCCCAGCCCAUCCCGUUGGCGGAAAUGGUGGACUUCCUGGUUGAUGUGUGGGAGCAGGAGGGGCUUUAUGAUUGAGUACUAGUAAGAGAGUAAGAGGAGGAUACACAAACUUCAACUGUGGCAUUGUGUAAUUGUUGUUCCUAGUAAUGAAGCAUGUCUGUGUCCUAUGAUCAAAGUCUGUUUGCUUUCAGGGGUGACGAAUUUUCUACUCUUCAUCAUCAUUAGUCUGUUAUUCUGUAUAUGCUGCAGCGGAACUACAAAAGUGGAAAGCCAAAGAAUUUGUGUAAAACUUCAUCAUUACUUUAUAUAUCUGGCCCUGUUCCUCUGUGUA